GGUUCCUGCAUUCCGGCCCGGCGGUGUGCACGAUGCGGCUGGGGUCCGGGACCUUCGCUGCCUGUUGCGUGGCGAUCGAGGUGCUGGGGGUCGCAGUCUUCCUUCGGGGAUUCUUCCCAGCUCCCGUUCGUUCCUCUGCCAGGGCGGAGCACCGAGCAGAGCCCCCAGCGCCCGAACCCUCGGCGGGAUCCAGUUCUAACUGGACCAAGCUUCCACCGCCUCUCUUCAGUAAAGUUGUUAUUGUUCUGAUAGAUGCCUUGAGAGAUGAUUUUGUGUUUGGGUCAAAGGGUGUGAAAUUUAUGCCCUACACAACUUAUCUUGUGGAAAAAGGAGCAUCUCACAGUUUUGUGGCAGAAGCAAAGCCACCUACGGUUACUAUGCCUCGUAUCAAGGCAUUGAUGACAGGGAGCCUCCCUGGCUUCAUUGACAUCGUCAGGAACCUCAACUCUCCUGCGCUACUCGAAGACAAUGUGAUCAGACAGGCAAAAGCAGCUGGGAAAAGAAUAUUCUUUUAUGGAGAUGAAACAUGGAUUAAAUUAUUCCCAAAGCAUUUUGUAGAAUAUGAUGGAACAACCUCAUUUUUUGUGUCAGAUUACACAGAGGUGGAUAAUAAUGUCACGAGGCAUUUGGACAAAGUAUUAAAAAGAGGAGAUUGGGACAUGUUAAUCCUCCACUACCUGGGGCUGGACCACAUCGGCCACGUUUCCGGGCCCCAUAGCCCCCUGAUCGGGCGUAAACUCAGCGAGAUGGACGGCGUCCUGAUGAGGAUUCACACCGCGCUGCUGUCGAAGGAGAGAGAGACUCUUUUACCCAAUUUGCUGGUUCUCUGUGGUGAUCAUGGCAUGUCUGAAACAGGAAGUCACGGGGCUUCUUCCACAGAAGAAGUGAACACACCUCUGGUUUUAAUCAGUUCUGUGUUUGAAAGGAAACCUGGUGAUAUGCGGCAUCCAAAGCGAGUUCAGCAGACGGAUCUGGCUGCAACACUAGCAAUAGGGCUUGGUCUGCCGAUUCCAAAAGACAGUGUAGGGAGUCUUAUAUUCCCAGUUGUAGAAGGAAAACCAAUGAGAGAUCAGUUGAGAUUUUUACAUUUAAAUACAGUACAGCUUAGCAAAUUGUUGCAAGAAAAUGUACCGUCAUAUGAAAAAGAUCCUGGAUUUGAGCAGUUUAAAGUGUCAGAGAAGUUGCAUGGGAACUGGAUCAAACUGUACUUGGAGGAAAAUAAUUCAGAAGUCCUUUUCAACCUGGGGACCAAGGUUCUCAGGCAGUACCUGGAUGCUUUGAAGACCCUCAGUCUGUCCCUGAGCACACAAGUGGCCCAGUACGACAUCUACUCGAUGAUGGUGGGGACUGCUGUGGUUCUGGAGGUUCUCACCCUGCUUCUACUCAGCAUCCCGCAGGCGCUGCACAGAAAGGCUGAGCUGGACGUUCCGCUGUCUUCUCCGGUGAUUUCCCUGCUCUUUUAUUUGAUGUUCCUGGUUCUGUCAGCCAUUCACGUCAUUGUAUGCACCUCUGCCAAGAGCUCGUGCUACUUCUGUGGCCUCCCGUGGCUGGCGGCGUGUGGAGUGAUGGCGUUGAUCUCUGCCCUGCUCUGUGCGAUCGUGUCUGUUCUGACCAAGAUGUUCAUCCGUGGAAGUCUCCCGAGUAAGAAUCCAGCUCCUCCCAACUCAGGGUGGUCAGAGUUAGACCUUCUGAUGGUGUUUGGGACAGUGGGCCACGUCGUGAGUUUGGGUGCCAGCAGCUUUGUGGAGGAGGAACACCAGACCUGGUAUUUCCUUGUGAACACCCUGUGUCUAGCUCUGAGUCAAGAAAUCUACAGAAGCUACUUUCUGAGAGAUGACGGUGAGCCUCAGUGUUGCUUCCGUGUGGAACAAGGGUUUGCUGGUGCCACGCCAGCGUUGCAGGACAGGACCGGCUAUGACACGCGGGAGCAGGACAGAGUGCACGUGAGCUCCUCUCUCUCAGAAGUGCUCAGAGGCCAUGAGAAGUGGAUGGUGCUGGCCAGUCCGUGGCUGAUACUGGCCUGCUGCCGGCUGCUGCGCUCACUGAACCAGACGGGCGUGCAGUGGGCCCACCGGCCUGACCUCGGCCACUGGCUCACCAGCUCUGAUCACAAAGCGGAGCUCUCGGUCUUGGCUGCCCUCUCCCUCCUUGUGACUUUCAUGUUGGUUCAGAGGGGCUGCUCCCCCGUGUCCAAGGCGGCCUUGGCGCUGGGGCUGCUAGGCGUCUAUUGCUACAGGGCGGCCAUUGGGAAUGUGCUGUUCCCGUGGCAGCAGGACAACAGAGACAUUUCAAAGGGUAUUAUUGAAGCUCGUUUUGUUUAUAUCUUUGUCCUUGGCAUUCUGUUCACGGGCACCAAAGACUUACUUAAAUCUCAAGUCAUUGCUGCAGACUUCAAAAUCAAGACUGUAGGUUUAUGGGAGAUAUAUAGUGGAUUAGUUCUUCUGGCAGCCUUGCUCUUUAGACCACACAAUCUUCCGGUCUUAGCAUUUAGUCUCUUGAUUCAGACUGUCAUGACUAAAUUCAUCUGGAAGCCCCUGAGACACGAUGCAGCUGAGAUUACUGUAAUGCAUUAUUGGUUCGGUCAAGCAUUCUUCUAUUUCCAGGGCAACUCCAACAACAUCGCCACCGUGGACAUCUCAGCAGGCUUCGUGGGCUUAGACACCUACAUGGAAAUCCCAGCCAUGUUCCUGACAGCGUUUGGCACGUACGCAGGGCCCGUGCUGUGGGCCAGCCACUUAGUGCAUUUCCUGAGCUCAGAAACAAGCAGUGGUUCAGCACUGAGUCACGCUUGCUUCUGCUAUGCGCUGAUUGGUUCUAUUCCAGUUUCCACAUAUAUCAUUUUGGUGACAUCCCUGCGUUACCACUUGUUUAUAUGGAGUGUCUUUUCUCCGAAGCUUCUCUAUGAGGGGGUGCACCUGCUCAUCACAGCUGCUGUCUGUGCGUUCUUCACCACCAUGGAUCAGACCAGCCUCACAAAGUCUUAGACUAAGCUGGACACUGGGAAAAUUACAGGUUUUUAAAGUCUGCUGUUUACUUCAUGGAUCUGAAUAUUGUAAAAUCUGUUUAAAUGCAAGAUCGUCCUAAAAAUGUAGACAUGAAUUCUAUGAAGUUGAAGAAUAGUUUUAAUUUCUUUGACCACCGUGCCUGAAUUUAGAUUAAAUAGUAAGUAGUUUAAUAAAAGGCCACUUUAAAAUA